AACACAACCCGACCUUCGCCCUCGACAAUGACCUCCAUCUUGGCGCAGUAGGCUCAUGGCGCGAGGACCAUGCCAUCAAUGUCACUGCGUAGGAAGCGCCGCAUUGGCGACCACAUGGACUCGUUCGAGGACGCCUACAACACGCCGAGCAGCGGCGGCAAGGGCAAGUGGACCGACGAAGAGGACAAUGCGCUUCGCCGCGCGGUCGAGCUCAAUGGCAACGAAAACUGGAAGGCCAUUGCCGAGCUCGUGCCGGGGCGCAACCACUCGCAGUGUCUUCAGCGCUGGAACAAGGUGCUCAAGCCAGGUCUCAUCAAGGGCAAUUGGUCGCCAGACGAAGACGAGCUCCUCCGGCAGCAAAUCCACAUCUGCGGCGAGACCGCGUGGGUGCGAAUCGCCGAAGGUGUGCCCGGCCGAACGACCAAGCAGUGCCGGGAGCGCUGGCGAAAUCAUUUGGCGCCCACCAUCAACCGCUCACCCUUUACUGCCAACGAGAUUGCGCUCCUCGAAUACGUCUACAACAAGAUUGGCAACCGAUGGACACAAGUGGCCAAGUUGCUGCCGGGCCGCGCCGAAGACGAUAUCAAGAAGAAAUGGAAGCAGAUGCACCCCAAGCAAGAGAAGAAGAAGGCCGGUCGGCUGCCCAAGAUGGAGAUGACGGACCUCAUCGAGUCGAUCCAGUACGAAAUGAAGCAAGGCAACCUCCCGAUGCUGAGCUACCUCUUUGAAAUGAACGUGGCCGACAUUCUGCUCGAGAACGACGACGACGAAGAGAAGGCGUCGAUCGCAUCGGACUGCAGCCGCCGCAGCAGCAUUGUGAGUUCCAACAACAAGGUCGAGGACCUCUUGUCGUCGGCGCCGCCGUCCGCUGCACCGUCGCCGUCCCCGCCGUCGAACAACAGUCCGUCCGUGCGACCGCCAGCUCCGUUCUUGACCAAGAAGAAGAAGGUCGAGUGGGACCAAAUGUCGAUCGAUAUUCUCACGCAGUUUCUCUUCACCGCGUCGUUCAAGACGAACCUAAACCUCGGGGACAUGAUGGACGCCGAGACGAGCGCCAACACGGCAGCCAACGUCUUCUCGAUGGACGACGACCCGGUGGUCGCGAGCGUCAUCGACUCGUUCCGCGCGUCCGGGUCGUCCAAGGACAUUCAGUCGAUCGUGGACGAGCUCCAGUUUGACCAGGACCAGCUGCAGCACCUCAUGGAUGUGUGUGGCAACUCGUCCAACGACUUCCUCAAGGACGACGACGACGCCUCGAGCGAAGAAGAGUACCAGUACAAGUUGUAG